GUGAAUCUAGCCAAUCAGCAGCCCGCAAUUCAUCACCCCGUCAUAUCCGGAGCCCACGAGUCUCGAAGGCCCAGUAAUUCCAAGAACCAAUUUUAUAAAGUCUCCAGCCAACGGACUAUUUAAUCCAACACUCGUUCUCUGUGCGAUGUCCAACUGAACCUCUCGAUCCGAUAUUUCCUUCUGCCGGCCCUCAGCACGAACCUCGACCAACCAAGGCGCACCCAGUGGAACUUGCGGCUCACCUAAAACACACCCCGGCCCCGAGCCACGACGCUCUAUCUGUACGAUAUGGCGAUGUCGAUGAAUCGACGCGUUCUUGUGAGCGCUAUACUCACGGCAACUGCAACGAUGGCGAUGGCACAUGAGCACGAUGAGGCGGAGAUACCAGAUGGGAGUGCCGUCAGCGCAGAGCCGUUGGAUGCGAUUCUUUGGAUACAUAUUAUCAUACAGAUGGUUGCCUUUGGGAUUAUCUUCCCAGUAGGGAUGGUGCUUGGUAUCGUCCGCAACCGCUGGCAUGUCCCCGUCCAAGUCCUCGGAACCGCCAUAGCAAUCGUAGGCUACUUCCUCGGCCACGCCCACAAAGGCCGCCAAUUCGCACCCAACGUGCACGCCAAAUUCGCAAACUGGCUCAUGCUCAUGCUCGUCGCCCAGGUCGUGAUGGGCGCCUACCUCCGCCUCCACCUCACCAAGGGCAUCAACGGCAAGGUGCGCCCCGGUGUCCUCCUCGGGCACAACAUCCUCGGCAAGGCCAUCCCCGUCGCUAGCUGGACGCAGAUGCUGUUUGGCGGCAUCGCAGCGCUCGGAUUCUGCCGCGACGACCACCUGGGACAGUGCCUUGCUCACUUCAUCAUGGGGUCCGCAUUCAUCGCUUACGGUAUCAUCAUGAUGAUCAUGCUGCUCGUCGGUCAGGCAUGGCUACGCCGCUCAGGCCGCAGCCAGGAGUUCUUCGACAGCGCCGUCAUUGCGGCAUGGGGUUGCGUCAACACGUUCACCGAGCACCGCUGGGGCGGCGCAUGGGUCGAAAACGACAUCCAGCACACUGUCAUGGGCGUCAUCUGGUGGGCAGCGGGUCUGGCAGGCAUCUGGCUCGCCAGAGGCCGUGAUGGUAGCCCCAAGCGCAACUUCGUGCCGGGCUUCGUCCUCUUCUUGACGGGAUGGGGUAUGAGCGCGCAUCCGCAGCAUAACAUGCUUAGCACCAUGGUGCAUGUUGCGUUUGGAUACACGCUCAUGGCGGCGGGUGUGACGCGGAUGGUCGAGGUUAUGUUCGUGCUGAAUGAUAAGGCGUCGACGGACAGCGGCGAGCCGAGGUCGUUCCAAUAUAUUCCACCUUUCCUACUUAUGGCCUCUGGUUUCACAUUCAUGAGCGCUACCGAGGAACAGAUGGCUCUCCUCUCCGGCGCAGGCAUCGACCACGUCUCGUACAUCCUGGUGCUCUACUCCUUCGCCUUCCUCAUGUUCCUCCUCGUCAACGUACUUCUACACAUCUACGCUGUCAACGCGGGCCCAUCAGUGCCUCCCAAGGACGUCGAGGGCGUGCGCAGACACAGGCCAUCGGAUAGCAGACAGAUCCGCGAGGCGGAGGAGUUUGAGCUCGACGGACUGAUCAGCGAUGAUGAGGGAGGCCGGGAGAGGGAGAGUGGGCUCGAGAGCCCGAGUACUCUAGGGAAGAACAGCGAGGUCAGGGUUUCUUAGAGGGGAAGUGGAAAAUGGGGAAUUGUAGUAUAUAUGUGUUUGAGUUUGGCACGGAGUUGGGGGCAUUGCGAUUGCUAAGGAAUGGUUCACUUAUACUAUUUUAAUGCGGGAUUGAACGCCAUAGGAAAGUGGGAGUGGUUUUUGUGAAUAGAGACGUUUGCAUUCAAGUUUGCGUGUUGUUCUUUCCGUGCUGGUUGGUAAACGUAAAUGUGAGAAUACUUGAUGAC